CUCUUUAUAUUGGGAUAUCAUUAUUAUUAUUACUACUACACUAUAUUAAGACAAAUGAAGAAAACCGAAAAACGGCAAACCUCCUUGAUGCCAGACUAGAAAAUCUGUAGCGUGAAAUUCUAUAAUUGAAAUCAAAUAACGCGUCACCAGCAUUUCACUACAGGGAUAAAUUACGUCCCAGUUUAUCCGGUUUCAUUACUCCAAAAUAUGGCGUUAAAAAGUAAGAAGCCGAAAAGGGAACAUAACAAUGACGCGUUUUAUGGAGCAGACGAUAAAAGCGGCGUUGAAGGAAUAAGGAUGGGUAUCUUAGAGGAUAAACAUGAUAUAAUACCAAAGGUAGAAGCAGACGAUAAAGACAGCGCUGAUGUUGCUCAAGACGAGGCCGAUAUAGGAUUCAAAGACUUGGAAAGUACCGGUGCCCCCAACAUUUAUGUUGGUAAACGAAACUUUAUUCAUCAACUGAUGGACGUGGCUCUCCUGAUGGCCAAUGUGUCUCAAUUAAAAUCUCUUCUCUCUAUGGACAAGGGGGACAAAUAUUACUUCAUUCUCCUGGCGUUCAUUUGUUGUUCUAUAGUGCUGCAAGUGGUAUUCACAGUAUGCAUGUUGAUUAUUUGGUCCAUAGAAAAGAAGCUGCAAGAGCACCUAGCGGAGUCCCCAAAGGAGAAUCACCCAGUGGAUGAAAGCCGACGAAUUCUUUCCGAAAGACUAGACAAAUUUGGAAAUAUUUUAGUGCUUCUGAUAAUUGUUUCUAAUGUUUUCAUUACUGGAUUUGGGGUAGAAGAACACGGAGAUCCAGAAUCUCCGAAAGAAUCGAAGGUUGUCGAACGAUUCUUGCUUUUGAUGAAUGGAACGAAAAUUCAACUCUGAAAAUAACUUUUAACUAUAUUACCUGAUAUAUUGUAAAUAAUAUGGCACACUUCAAGUGUCAUUUAUAUAUAAAUUCACGAAGCCUAAUGCAUCAAGGCUUGGGCCUUCGUUUCUUACUUUAUAUUGCAUAUCUUAUCAUAGUUUAAAUAAAAGAUAAACUAUUUCAGUUUUUACCAAAGAGAAUUAUUGAAUUGAUUAAAAUCCUCUUCAAAAGAAUCAAAUCUGGUUUAAUAUUGAACAUAUUUCAUAGAAAAAAACUACAACUGCACAACUGUUAAAAAUAUCAUUUAAAAAACUUUCGGGUUCUUUUACCCGCUUAUUAACUUCUGUUCACGUCUUUCAUUUUUUGUGAUCUUGUAUUUUGAUUUGAAAUGUAUUGAACAUAUGUUAAAAUGUAAUGAUAUUGUCUUGACUUUUAUGUGUAUGUGUGUGUAUAUAUAUGUGGCCAAAGGUUUUUGUACUGAUUUACGAAUAAACUUUGAAUUAACAGCUCACGAUGAUGUUUGGUUUCUAAUUAUAAGAGUGUGUAUAAAUGUGUGGCCAAGGUUUUUGUACUGAUUUACGAAUAAACUUUCAAACUUUGAAUUAACAGCUCAGGAUGGUUGGUUUCUAAUUAAUGUAUAUGUGUACAUGAAGUGUUGAAUACGAAGUGAUAUAUGAGCGUUAGACAUCUAAAUAUGUUCUUCUCAAACAAUUUGAAAUAAUUGCCACACUAUUUCUUGUAUUCCUUAAUUUUCCUCAUAACAUUUUAUGUAUAUUUUGAUAUAUACAAGAAAACUUAUGAAUAUUUAUAUUAAUGUGAUAUUCUUAUUAUACAAUAUUGCUUUGAGAUCUGGCUGUAAACGUACUUGACUGCAUGAUUGCAUGCAUUUUAUUCAAAACGAAACCGAAUGAAUACCGUAAUACGUACUUCAUUUUAUAUCCUUUUUUGAAAUAAUUUUAGUAUAAACAAAUAAAUAUCGUAAUGCGUACUUCAUAGUAAAAAACGUUAUUAUGAAAUAACUUUGAUUAACAGUUUUAUUCACUUAGAUUAUCAAAUGUUAUAUCUAUUCAGUUCAAUAAUAAGUGACCACGAUAUAUUUCUGCUUUCUCUAAAGCUAUAUCUUUUAAAAUAUUGUAUCAAGUAAAAUUAUA